AAUUGCGUAAAUGUGACUUGUCACUUGUCAGUUUAUCAAGAACAAAAUAAGGAGACAAAAAUAUCUAAUUCCUAUUCCUUAUUCAAUUUAUGAUAUAAUUUAGCAUAUGAUUUUUAAAUCGCUUGAAAUAAAAAUCCUAUGAUGUCUGUUCUUAAUAAUAUAAAUAUAAUAUUUUUUGUCACGAGUUUGUUAUUAUGUAUUAUAUUGUGCACUGACAAUUACGUGUGGGCCAAAGAUAAUGAAGCUGAAAGUAUUAGUAAAAUUGGCCAAGGAGUUGGUCAUAUUAUGAAUAUUUAUUACUGUUACUCUUGUGGCUACAGGAAAGUGUAUGAAGAUUAUGCAGGUAUCAUUCAACAAAAAUACCCAGAGAUAUCAGUUAUUGGAGCUAAUUAUGAUCCACCUGGUCUAAACAUGUACCUUUCUAGAAUGAUUGGUUUUGGGAAAAUGAUUUUGAUAAUGUGUAUACUAAGUGGUGUCAACAUUUUUGCUUGGUUGAACAAACCUCAACCAGCCUGGUGGAGCUGGUGCCUUGAGAACAAGUUAUAUGCAUGUAUGAUGAUGUUCUUUUUAGCAAAUAUGAUCGAAGGUCAGUUAGUGUCUUCAGGUGCAUUUGAAAUAUCACUUAACAACAUUCCACUGUGGUCCAAAUUAGAAACUGGUCGAAUUCCACAGCCACCUGAACUAUUUCAAAUAAUUGAUAAUACUUUACAAUUUUCAAAAAUGGAAAUGCCUAAUAAUAAUUUUGUCUAAUAGAUAAAUUUUAAAAAGUGGCAUACUAAAAAUUAUCCUAUGUUUUUUUUAAAAUAGGUAUGUCGUUUGUGUAAUAAAUAUAAAGCAUUUGUGAAAUCCUCAGAAUAUGUAAUCACAUUUUCUUAUUUGAUUUAACAGCAAACUUUAUUAUAUUGUUAUUGUAUUGUGGUAAUAAGGGUGAUUGGAAAUCAAUAUAUUUUAAUAAUAUUAUCAUUAAUUAAGUAAUAAUACCUUUAAUUCGCUCCUACAUGAAAGGCCCUUAGACUAGAUUAACCUUAACAAAUACUUAUGAAUAAAAAUUUUUGCAAUACAGUUAAAAAUGCCAAUAAAGAUAAAAAGAAAAUGAAUAAUUCAUAAUUAAGUGAUAAUUACUACAAUAUAUAAAAUAGUAUAAACAUCAAAAGUGAAUAUUAUUAAAUUUUUAUAAAGGUAUUGUCACUUUGUUAUUGGUUUACUACAGCUAUAUUUAAAUAUAUAUGUAAUAUUUUAUCUUAAUUAAGUAAACUAUUAGUUUGCCAGAUUCGUCAGCAAAAUAUUAAUAGAAAAUAAUAUUGUUAUAAUAUUAAUAAGCUUAAGGCAAUCAAUUCGGUUUUUUUUUUAUUACUGUUACUCCAAGAAAGAAAAUUUGCAACAUUGUAUCAUGAUUAUCAACCUAUUUUAUUAAACAACUCCAUGUACAAUUUGUAUAAUUGACAACACCUCAUGGGGCCAUUAUAGGAUAACAUUAAAAUACUGAGAUAUUUUUCAGUGAUUGAGAGAAUUGCAUUUAUAACUAAAAACUAUUUUUUUUUUAAUUCCAACAAUUCCUUAGUUAUUAUCUGCUUUAUAGGAAGAGAUAUAUUUAGAAAAAUAGUACAAUGAUAGGAAUGAUGCGUAAAUUGUAGAUAAUAUGAUAAUGUAAUUGAUCCACUUGCAUAACUGAACUUGUAAGUAUUUUCAAACAUUGUUCUACUGAGCUGCAAAACUGAGAAACAGAAGUUGAAAUGACCUAGAAGCUUAUUACCAGACUUGAUUCAAAUUACUUAACGCUGUUGUCUUAUAUUUAUAAUGUUACCUAUUUCUAAUACUCGGUCCCUGACAUGAUCAAAGUAUAAAAAUAAGCGAAUUUAUAACAUAACAUUCCGAUAUUCUAUUUAUUUUAAAAUAACAAAAUAGUGAUGUCAUUAAUAAUUGUAGAUUAUAAUAGUUUGAUAAAGCAAUAUAAAUUACAAAGUUCCUAAGUCUUGAAAAUUGUCUAUAUUUUUUUAACCCGACCCAAAUAUCAAGAAUGAUUUUAAAAAAAGAUUUGAAAGUAAUACUCAUAUCGAUACUCAGGGCCAGUGAGUAUACUCGUACAUUAUUUUAUAACAUAUAAAUGUUAUAUAUUAUUUUGUUUCCAAUCACCCCAAGUGACUAACAAGUAAGAACUUGUGGUCACAAUUAUUAUAUAUUUUGAUUCUAAUAGGAAACUUGUAUUAAGCUUUUUAAUAAUGGUCUAUACAAACAGUUAUUGUAUUUAAUUCAUAGUUUUAUCUCAAUAGAAGAGAGAUAAGUUGAGCUAUAUGUUACAGCCUUUAAACAAAUAAAAUUAUAUUAGAAAAUAAUACAGAGAAAAAAUCCUUAUCAGACAUUCAAAUAUAUCUAGUCAGAUAAUAAUGUCAAAUGAUGUACUUUUGGUUCAAAAUAAAAUAAACUCAGAUAAAACAACA